AUGAGGAAGCAUCGUAUGAUAUGCAGCGAAAAAGGGACACAAACUGAGCAAAACAAACAAGUGCUCAAGUGUUUCGAGUCAAAGUGCCUGUUGGACGAUCGCCGACGAAGUAGCUCGCGCACGCGACCGUGCAAGGACUCCACGUGGGCACUCUGCUACCUGAAGACCUUGUCUGAAACUUUAGCUGAACAUCAUUGCCAACAAGCCGAGACAACACAACAAGUUGGUUGCGUCGCAUCUCGAGACCGUACAGAAAACGCUGGAAUUCGUUGCGCCUUUCGCCGUCAACGGCUGCAACAACCGCUCCAGCCGGCGGUAACCUGCGCAGACACUCCUGCUGAACUGGAGUUUCUCCUCGAGUUCCUGCAGCAGCUUGCUCGAGCGCUCACACGUCUGCGUGAAGCGCACGCAUACGUGUGCUGCGAUGCGUGCAUGCGAUUCUUGUGGUUUGGCGGGAUUUUCGCGCUGCGCUGUCUAGAUGCGUGCGCUGCAUCCGUGCAUGCAACGAAGCUGUCACUAGAUGCUGUGCACUGGUAUACGUGGAUAUUGGCAGUUCAUUUGGUGUUCAUCGAGAAACGCUUUUGUAGUAUAGCCGAACCUAGAGAUGAUGCAGCGUUGCAAGCAUCAGACGCUAUGGGAACACCCAGAGGCGACACUACAAUCCAUGACGAGGCCGCGACUUCCCGAGUCACUGCGGGAGCAACAGGAUCCAUGGCAGUGCCGUGGCUGCGUCAGGUCGGGGUUGUUCUGGCGAGUGAUGCGCUUGCUGCUCUCGAGUCGGGACUCUCGAACGGGCAGAAUUGGAAGCUGCCGGAAUGCUUCGAGUUGGAGAUGCUCAAUGCCACUGCUUCAUCGCUUCAGGCCGGGCGGUGGGUGCCCGUUGUACUGUGGGCGCUUGAGCGUUGCGAGGAUUUGCCUGGCCAAGGUCAUGACGAGAACGACGCCCCAACGGCUUUGCGGAUGAACCACGAUGUAGACGCUGACACUGAUGCGCAGCUAACCGCCCUUGGUUUGAGGAUUUUUUUGGCAACGCACGCCUUGGCCCCGGUUUCCGUGGAAGAAAUCCACACCAUGGCCAGGGAUGCAGCAGUUGCUUCGCUGUACAUUAGAUUCGGCCGAUGGCUCGCGGACACCGUCAUGUCGAAGCUCACGCGCAUCUACGCGGAACUGCAGAACGAUGCAGGAACGAGCCCAAGUUCGCACGCUCUGGUUACCACCCGAUCGUGUUUCGAAACAAUCCGGGAUGCACUCCUGUCGAAUUUACAUCAUUGGCAAACGCUCAUGCACGACUACUGGAACCGCGAGCCUGCGCUUCUACGCGCCAUGCUGUGGAUCUCAGCUCGUUUGCAUGCGCUUCGUUUCGGGGAACGCACGCGGACACAGGUGCGCUGCCUCGGGCGCCUCGUAUGCGAGAUCGGUCGCUCAGAGGCAUGCGAUGAGAACGACCGAAACGCGCUCUUCGGUUGGUUCGUGGAGCAACUGCUUCCAUUGGACGGAGCGAUGCUGGCGUCAUGCGUUCUCGAGGACGAGUGGAUGCUUCAUUGGCUCCUGGAGGACUGGGCAAACUCGGAAUCCGCCAAUGCAUGCCAACAGCUAGCAAGGCGAAUUGAACGCGAUGCGCUAGUCCAGCGGCAUGACGCCAGCUGCGAGCAGCAACAGCAACAGCACACUGUGCUGCAAGCAACAGAGGUACUCCAUCUCUCCGAGUUAUUACUACGCGAUCCUGCUACAUUGCGUGGUGGAACGAUUCCAGAGAGGCAGCCUGGCGACUGCUGGCGAGCAUUGAAACCACCAAGCACCCUGCGCGUGCUCGUGCGCCGGGCGCAUCGUCAGCCGCUCGUGCAGGAAUACCUGGUACAUGUAGUCGUGCAGGCAGCUUCUCAGGAAAAGAUCACAAUGGAUCCGCGCCUCGCACAGUGGUGUCUAACCCAGUUGCAGCAGAAGCUGAGGGCUGCUGUGUGUCGACUGCGUACGAACGCUGUCGAGGAACACGCUCCAGCGACGCACACUAGCACGCUGAGCUCUGUGGCGGAAAGCAUUACCAGCACCACAGACCAGCUUCAGCAACUCACUCAAUCAAGUAUGCGACAAGCUGCAGACACUUGCGAGCGCGAGCGCCUGCGUGCCUGGGCGGCUGCAGUCCUUCACAACACGGCUGCAGACUUGUAUGAACACAUUCGCACCGUCUCCGCGAGUGCGACAUCAAAUGCUGACGCCAACAGCCAGGAUGCUUCCGUCCAGAGCGCAUACGCGGCCGCAGCGCAUUGCUGGCAGCAUACGCUGAUGCUCAGCUGGCCUCGCGACGCCCCGAGUGCCGGCUCCGACUCUGACCACCAUUCGACUUUGCCUGCGCAAUGGAUCCGCACCGGCCUGCAGCGCCUCGCGUAUGCGUUACAGGCGUGGGUCCGUGCCCAGCGCCCCGACAGUGCACGAUUGUUGUGGGAUGAGUGCAGUCAGUUUCUUUGGAGACUCCAUGAAUCGAACGCUCCACCAGAAGCAUCGCUGCGCGCGACGGCCAUCGCACAAUCAUGCACUGUAGCGCCGCCAUCGCCGUUGCCAUCGCCACCGCCAUGGGAACUCUGCGCUGCCUUAUUUCGUCUCGUGCAAGCGGGUUUACGAGGUUGCCCGAAAUCGGACGCCGCGCAGCCCUUUUUGGAUUCGUUCUCGACCGAGGCCUUGUGCCUGCUGGGAGUCGCCAUGGAGCGCGUAUGGAGACGCAGCGUUCGCGCCGCCACCACUACAACCACCAACAUCAACACCAUGAACAGCAUGGAUGCGCGAGGCGCUUCCAGUCAAUUAGACGAUACCUAUGUCAUCUAUGAAGCCGUCCGGCGAACAAUGGCCCGCAGACUCGGUGCAACAGGCGCCGGUGAGGCUGCCCCGGAACCAGCGUUAUCCGCUUCGCCGCUGCCCAGGUGCACAUCUGCAGCCGUCGAAACGCUUCAUCAACAGCUAUGUGUUGCGCGUGCGCUCCUGCCCGGUGCCGUGCUCAGGCGUUGCGUACGAGCACCAACACCAGCAACAACAUCACCCGAUCUAUCCGCUGCAGCACCGUUGGAAACAACGACGCCACCAAGCAGUACCGAAGAAGCCGAAUCAUAUCCAGCUGAUACUGACGACGCUUUCACACGGGACCUGGCGGCUCUUUACGAUGCUCUGGAACGGAUGUUGCAGCACUUGCUUCGAUGUCCGGGUUCAAGCGACGACUCCAGCGCCCCAGCGGAUAAGCCCACGGACGCAAUCGACGAACACUCUACCCAGGCAUCCUCUGCAGUAGACGAAUCCCCAUCGCAUGCCGCCAGACACCUCUUUCAUCUCGUGCAGAGCUGGCGUCACUCAUGGUUACAGGUUCGGUCACCAGCAUGUAUCGCGCACUGCUGGUUCGUAUGGUGGCAGCGCGAGCUCGCCUGGGACGCCUUCGAGGUGGCGGCACGCCUCUUCCAGCUGGCGGAUCACACGCUACCCGCUCUGUACUGUUUGGACGCAAUGCACCGAUGCGCGCGCGGCGAUCGAUGGCGUCAAGCGCUGUGUGCGGCUCGAGCGAUGCUCCUCGCCGAGCAACUAGGCUGGACGCAUCAGGUCAUGCGGCAGCGACAUCGUCUGCGCCAGCUUGUCGAAUCGGACAUUCUAGAGGCGCCAGCCGCGGCGCAUGCAACGCUUUCGACUUGGGGUCAGCGGAUGCUAGCCUAUACUGCUGCUGCUGCUGCUGCUGCUGCUGCUCCAGAUUCAGUGGAGGAUGCGGAUCGUUUCGAGGCCCCGGUAGCAAGGUCAACGCUCGCAGAUGCCAACGCAAGCCUUGCAGAUAUGCUAGCACUGCAUGACUCUGAAAUGCGCAGUGCAAAACAGCUCGCAUCUAGUCACCUGCUUGUGGAAGCCAUCGAGCACGCAAACCGAGCCCUGGGAUGUGCGUUGCAGGCGCAGCAACUACUGCUCCCGUGCAAAUCGACGCCUUCACCGGCGAUACCCGUGCUUGGCGCUGGCACUAGCGUACUCGCUCGUUCCACGGCGGCAAUCGUUGGGGAUUUGGUCAUCGCCACCCAGAGCCGGCCAGUGGAGGCCGCCGAGCUCAGGCCAGUGGACGCAGUCGUAGAGUACCCGACGCGAGCGCUCUGUCGUUCGUUGGAUCUCCUCGCUAAUCUUAGCAUUUGCCUUGGGGCAUGGAAAGACGGCCUCUAUUACCAUGAACGUAUUCAAGCAUUGUGCGCGGGCCCGCCUGCGCCAGUUCUUCUAGACGCAGCGCGCUCUCGGAGCCUCAUGCAGCUCUCCCUGCUGCGGACGCGAGCUGGACAAGCGGAACUCGCGGAGCAGUGUCGACGCCAAGCUGUGGCACUCUGCCGAGCGUGGAAUGGAUGCAUGAACGCGGCGUAUUCACUCUGGACGCUACCUUUGGCCGUUCAACAAAUUCAGCAGCAAGUUUUUCGACUAUACUGGCUACGACGCAAUGCGACAUCGCCGCGCGAUACGACGUUCUAUCAGCGAUUCCUGGCAGCACUGCAACAGGCCGCAGAACGCGCGCAGCAGCUUGUUGCGCAGCAACUCCACAGCCGAGUGCACUCUGAAUCAGAUCAAGUCGGCGCACUUCCGUGGGACGCGCUGCUGCAACUCCAGCAGCACCGGGCGCUCCUCGUUUCGACUACAGGUGAUCAACACAACAGCACGUCGUCGGCAGCUGCGAUGCUCCAGGAGGCUGCCCAGCGAUUGCGGGCCCUGUUGGCUGCGUCUACUGCUGGGCAGUGCUUGCCGGCGUAUUUGGAGGCGCUGGGUUUGUAUUUGGGGCUUGCCAGCAGCCACACCCGAUACACGAUGGCAAAGCGUCCAGAUGCACGACAACUCCACGACCAUGUCGCUCACUGUUGGCAGCUGUGCAAAGCGUACCUGCUGCCGCUGCAAAACGGCAUGUCCAGGUCGCGUUCCGGUAUUCCAGCGCCCGACCUGGGCGGAUCGCCCUGGCUGGUAGCGUCCGCAAUCUACGCUGAAGUGGCUUUUGCGAUGCUUCGCGUCGCUGCUAUCGACCGGAACGUGCCUGCGUCGAGGCCGCUUCGUGUGUGCGGUACCGCAACGCUGCUGCGGUCGUUCGCACCGCGAUGGCGGCAACGCUGUGCACUGCUCCGGCGUCGGGCGAAAGCCGCAGACGCAAAUGCUGAGGCAGAUGCGGCGCCAGCGCCGUCCGUCUGGGACACAUUGCCGCCCCUGCAGUACUUGGAGCGGCUCGGGCGACUGCUUCCCCUCGGGUGGAUGAUCAUUGCGCUACGGUACGAUGCAACGAGCGGCCAGAGCGCCCGCGUCGCUCUGUGGCGCAGUGGCGCGGCACCUGAACCACCCGCGGACCUGGUCGAUCAAUUGGGCAGCAUUUCCCUGCAGCAGCAGCAGCAGCAGCAGCAGCAGCAGCGACAAGAUGCCCCACAUGACGUGGCAGACGAGUCGCUUUCGUGGACGCCUUGCAAUGAGCACGCGGAAUGCAGCUGUACCAAGGCCGCACGGGGUUCCGUGCUGCACCUGCACGCCCAGCGGCUGGUACACGACGACCAGCGGCCAGACGCGCAGCAGUUGGCGCGCGAGCUUGCCCAGCUGCUGCAGGCCGGCACGCAAACACAUCUUGCCUCGGAGUCGGAGGCGCUCUCGCUUUCCGCUCCGGAGCGACGUGCCUGGUGGGACACCCGCACCCGCCUCGAUCAGCAGCUGGGCCGCUGGCUCGACCAGCGUCUCGAGACGCUCCUGUGCGGAUUGCCAUUGGCGGCUUCGGUGUCGAACGCCGCGUCUGCAUCGCAGCUGCAGCAGCUCGAUGGUGCCGGUAGCGUGCCAGAUGCGACCAGCUCGGAUUCCGGUGUCGCUCCGGUUGUGUUGCUGCUCCUGGACGCGGAGCACGACUUGCUGCCGCUCGAGUCGACACCGACGCUGCGCCACGCGGCUGCGAUGCGUUUCCCUGCUAGUGCGGCGAUCGAGCAAGCCCUGGAGCGCUACCAUCACCUGACUCGCAGUGCGGUACCCGGUUGGCAACGUGGAGCUUUCUUGUUGAAUCCAGCUGGUGACUUGCGCCGCACCGAGCGUUUCCUGCGGCCUCUCCUAGAGCAUCACCCCGGGUUUCGCUUACGGUACGGAUGGACCGACCUUGCCGCAACCGCAGCCGCUUCUGCAAAUGCUGAUAGCGCUGCUGGUGCCGACGACAGCCAGCGCGCCAGCAUCACCCAAGCGCUGGCCGCAGUACAGCCCUGUGUUCUGCUCUACUGCGGACACGGGACCGGAGAAGCAUACCUACAACCACGCCGCCUAGUGCGUCAAACGACGACCCUGCCCCAGGCUGUGUUUCUCAUGGGUUGUCGCAGCGGCCUCCUGGAGCACGCUGAGGCACUCGAUGCGCACGGAGCAGCGCUCGACUGGCUCGCCGCAGGUGCCCACGGCGUCGUCGCGCAGCUCUGGGAUGUCACCGACGGCGACCUGGAUCGACUCACUGUGGCGACGUGGGAGCACUUGUCGGCCGCCACGAGUCCGCAGUGCGUCGGCGCCAAGAGCUCCCCAGUUGAUGCUAUGGCACCCCGGGGGUCAGACUCGAAUGCACAGCCGCCAGCCACAAUGCCUGGCAAACCCUGGACAAGUACGAGCUCGGAGGAGCUCUGCCCGCUGGAAGCGACUCGCUCCGAGCCGCACCAGCGCUCGGCAACCACACAGGCGGUGCUAUCGUCGUCGAUUUCACUGCACGAACGUGAACAAGCGGAUGCACAGCGACUCGGUCGAGAACAACCAGUCGAAUAUCCUCGUCGUCGUCGUCAUCAUCAUCAACACCAUCAACGACAAGAACAAUUCUACGCUGACUCGGAUUGUCGAUGCGUCGUCGAAGAUGCCCGUUCGACAGCAGCGCCUCUGCUGGUUGCGUCAGCGCUGCAGGCCGGGCGCGCUGCAUGUCGCCUGCGCUGGGUGAACGCCGCCGCCUCUGUGGUCUACGGAGCACCGUUCCGGUAA